AUGUCGUCCCCUGCAGUGAGCAAGCCCCCUAAGCUCGGUUCGAAGGCUGGAACUCCCACCAAACUCCGCAAAGGUUCCGGCUCGAGCGCCGCCUCCAAACCCAGUGUCACUGAAUCACCCAAGUCCGUGAAGAAGACACCCUCCCGCAAGCUCGCUCCUAAGUCGCCCAAGCCGAUCCAAGACGACGAAGUAUCUAUCCCUGAGACCCCGUCACCCAAAUCGAAGAAGAAGGCCCCCUCAUCGGAGCAGCGUCGACCCAUCUCUCCACCCGAUGAUGCUGCAUCUCAGGCUUCUGGUUCAGCUGCCCCACUUGGUGGAGCUGCAUCUGAGUUGUCUGGCAAGGCCAAGGGCUCUGCUGAAAAGACGAAGGAUACUAUGAACAAUGGAGUCCAGAAUGCCACCGAUGCUACUCCGCUCGACCUCUCUGCGCUGAAGGGUCUUGUCGUCUCUGACGGAGGCAAGAUUCUGGGUCAGGACGGUAACCCACUGGGUGAGGUGGUGGAAGGUGAUCCCGAGGACUUGGUCGGUCAGACUGUCGGUGAUGACGGCGAGAUCGUCGACGAAGAUGGCGAUUUGAUUGGCCGCGUUGAUGUCCUCCAUGAUGCCGUCGAGGAUGCUCAGAACCUUCCUGACGAUGCUGAGUCCAAGGUCGGCGAGGCUCAGGAUGUUGUCACUGAUCUGGCCGAGCUAGAGGGUCUACCUGUCUCUGAUGGCGGUGUGAUCAAGAAUGCUGCUGGUCAGGUCCUGGGCAAGAUUGUUGAAGGUGACCCCGAGGAUCUCAUCGGAUACACUCUCAACGAUUCGGGUGAGAUCGUUGACGAUGAAGGCGAUGCGAUCGGCCGAGUGGAACUUCUCCCGGUUGAGGAGCAACAGAAGGCUAUCGAGGAUGCUGUCGGCGACGCUACCGAUAACGUCAAUGGCAUCAAGGGUGAUGGUGAUGACGAGUUUGAGGACGCCCACGACGGCCUUCCCGUCGAUGACGCAACGGAUGAUGCAGACAAUGUUGCCGAUGAAGCCGAGGAUGCUCAAGAAGAUGCGCCCGACGCUGAAGAUGCGGCGCCUGAAGGACUCGACCAAGCCAAGUCCACCGCUGAAGAAGCCGCUCCUGAUGUUGAUGCCGAGGACGUUGAUGUCGACGCGGAUGCUGAUGUCGAUGUUGACGCUGAUGCUGACGCUGAUGUUGACGCUGAUGCUGAUGCCGAUGCUGACGCUGAUGCCGACGUCGACGCCGAGGGUGUUGCUAAAGAUGCUGUCGACGAUGUUAAGGACCCAGCCGACGAGAAUGUCGACGGAGCCCAGGACGACGUUGAAGAAACCGCUGAAGACAACCCUGAGGCCGCAGAAGAUGCUGUCGAUGAAGCCACCCAGCACAUUCCUGAACUCGACACUCUGGAAGGCUUGAAGUGCAACAAGCGCGGAUUCGUCAUCGAUGAAGAGACUGGAAAGCCUGUCGGUGAAGUCAUCGAAGGUGACCCUAAGAAGCUGUCGCGACUUGGAGCUACCCUCGAUAAGGAGGGACAAUUCUGGGACAACCGAGGAAAUGUGAUCGGAAAGGUCAAGGCACUCCCCGUCGAAGACGGCAAGGAUGAGGAGGGACCAUUCGCUGGCCUUGAGGGUCUCGUUGUUGGCCAAGAAGGCUUUGUCGAAGAUGAGAACCAGACUCGCGUCGGAAAGCUGGUUGAAGGCGACGCGAAGAAGCUUCUUGGUCGCGGUGUUGACGAAGAUGGUGAAGUCCUCGAUCGUCACGGCUCUGUCAUCGGUCGCGCUGAGCGAUGGGAGGAGCCCGAGCCCGAGCCUGAAGAGGAGCCCGAGGAGGAGGCUGCUCCUGAUCUCUCCAUGCUCAAUGGUUUGACUUGCAACAAGGCAGGGUAUGUCAUCGGCAGUGAGGGCUUCCCUAUUGCCCAAGUUGUCGAGGGUAAUCCCAAGGAACUUGCCGGCAAGAAAAUCGAAGACGGUGAAAUCUACGAUGGCAAGAAGGUUGUUGGUCGUGUUGAGCUCAUCCCUGAGGAGGAGCUGGAAAACAAGCCCGAGGGUCCAUUUGCCGGUCUAGAGAGCCUGGUCGUCACGAAGGAUGGCUUCGUUGAGGAUGAGGAGGGCUCAAUUGUCGGAAAGCUCAUCGAGGGCGACGCGAAGAGACUUCGCGGCCGUGCUGUUGAUGAGGACGGCGAGAUUACCGACAAAUAUGGCAAUGUGAAGGGCCGCGCCGAGCCUUAUGAGGUCCCCGAAGAAGAGGAAGAGGUCCCCGAAGAAGCGGACCUGUCGCUGCUCGAAGGCAAGGUUGUCAACAAGAUGGGCAAUGUCGUCGAUCCUGCCACUGGUGCUGUCGUCGGACGCAUUGUCGAAGGUGACAAGCGUCUUGCUGGUCGCAAGGUCGAUGGCAAGGGCCAGAUCUGGGGUGACAAUGGUCAGAUUAUCGGACGCGCCGAGCUGAUCCCGGGCGCCGAGCAGCAAAAGGCCGAGGGUCCUUUCUUUGGAUUCGAUAAUGCCGAAGUUGGAAAGGAUGGCGUCGUCAUUGAUGCCGGCCGUAUCAUCGGUCGUCUCAUUGAGGGUGAUGCUAAACGCCUGCUUGGCCGCAAAGUCGAUGAGGACGGUGAUGUUGUCGACAAAAACGGCAACACCAUAGGCAAAGCUGAGCGCUGGGAGCCUGAGGAGAAGGCUCGCGAUGUCAACCCUAUGUCUGGUCGAAAGGUCAACAAGGAGGGAGAAGUCCGCGACGCUGAUGGCAACCUCAUUGGAAAACUGACUUCUGGAAAUCUGGCCACCCUUGUGGGCAAGUCCAUUGAUGACAAUGGUUACGUGGUUGACAACGACGGCAACAAGAUUGGCGAGUGCACCCUACUGGAAAACAUUCCAGAGCCUGAGGAGCCUGAGCCUGAGCCCGAGGUUGAGGAAGAAGGUCCAUCACCUGAAGAGCAAGAAGCUCAAGCCAAGGCUGAGCACGACCGCCAGCUGGCUGAGAAGAUGUGUCAUAUUCUUCGGCAGACUUUGGAUCAGGUCAAGCCUGUGUGCGAUAUGAUCUCCGAGAAAAUCGAAAAGGCUGACCGCACUCCCAAGGAUGAACUUGACGAGGAGAAGCUGGUCAAGGAUGUCAAGCCCCUGCUAGAGCAGGGAGGUAAAAUCCUGCAAGAGUGCAACGGUGCCAUUCGUGCCCUUGAUCCCGAUGGUCGCAUCGCUGCUACUGCUAAGGCCCGCGCUUCUUCUCGUGAUGCCACACCCGAGGAGAAUCAGCUGGCUGAGCUGCUCAAGACUCUGACUGAGACUGUCGUUAAGACAAUCGACAACGGCAAGAGACGGAUUGCUGACAUGCCCCAUGCCAAGAAGAAGCUUAGCCCUCUCUGGUCUCUUCUCUCCGAGCCAUUGUUCCAGAUCAUUGCUGCUGUUGGACUCCUCUUGAAUGGAGUCUUGUCAUUGGUUGGUCGUCUGCUGGAUGGUCUUGGCUUGGGUGGACUGUUAAAUGGUAUCCUUGGUGGAUUGGGACUGGACAAGUUGGUCAAUGGUUUGGGGCUUGGUGGACUGACAGAUGCUCUGGGAUUGGGCGGCAAAUGA